UUUCCGUGCGUGCGUGUGGGAUGGGAGUUCGUUCGUGAGUAGGGAGCCGGGUCUUGGUUAGAGUCUUCCCCCCGACAUGGGAAACCGAGCCGGAGAAAGAUAUGAGACAAGUGCAGAGCUGGAAGAACACAGCAGGCCAAGCAGCAUCAGAAGAGCAGGAUGGCUGAAGUUUCUGGCCUAGACCCUUCUUCAGAAAAUUUAUCUCUGAGAAAGAUAAUAUUCCUCCAGAUGUAGACGGGCUGCCGGGGCGGAGAACCGUACCACGAUGCAGACGGGUGCGCGCAAGGGUUGAUCGGUCCUUCCUCUUCGCCUUUGGAGGUUUUUUUCCGGUGGGUUACCUCCCGGAAUUGUGCCUGAUUGAAUGCGGUUACUUUGUUGUCGGUCGCAGUACAGUACGUGAUUGGGCAUUGAGCUGGAGAGAGGCAGAAUGUAGCGGCUUCUCCCCAGGUAACGGGUGGUUUCUCCCAGAUGUCUGCCCGAAACAGAAAGUCAGACUCGGCGACAUUGUUGCCACAUCACUGCCGGGUUGGAUAAUUACAAAGCAGCAGUUUCCCGUCCCCCCUGACAUCGCAUCCGGGAAAGCCACCUAACGGGACGUGAUUUAAUUAAUUUUACGCAGAAUCUCUCUCUUUCAGUCUGCUCCCGUUAAUCGGCCUCUGGUGCCUUUGUUUGAUAUUCAAUGCGCAGUGCCUUCAGCCUCCGAUAUGAAACUACUCGCUCUCCACCACCACUGACUGAGAGCAGCGAAGAUGACGACGGGCUGGUGACUGGUGAUUUUUUUUUUUCUUUCUCUCUCUGGCCGAAUUAAUAUCAUACCUUGGGUAGUCAGCGUGCCCAGCGAGAUGCAGAUGUUUCUCAAACGACUCGAGAAUAAAACGGGCUGGUAUUCAUUCGGCGACACGAUGCAAUGAACUCUUACUGGCAUUGCUCGUGAACAGAUACCCUUGGCCGAAAUUUCUCGGAGAAAGAUACUGUUUCUCUGAAACGUAGGAACCGCCGCCCACUUCUUCAUUCACCUGUAAUUGCGUUAAAUUUAACCAGGAUUGCCUUUAAACUGGAGACAAAGAAAAUGAGGGAACACUCAAUUAUAUAGGAUACCGAUUUUGAAUUAAUAAUUUAUUGCAGGGUAUUUAUGCUUAUGGAACAUCAUUUGUAAAAGCGUUAAUAUAAUACCGAGAUUGGAAGUGACGCCGCCGACCUACGCCCUGAAAUGCCUCCAGAUAACGCCUGUCAUUUUUUUUAAAAACCCUGAAUAACUUACAGCCCAACAUUAAUGUGGGAUGCAACGGCAGUGCACAGGAGCCUGUGUACAUUUGGUGGCUUGCUUACAAGCACGGAUUUUGAUUGGCUUCCUGCUGGCCCGGUUGUUUGAAGCUUUGCUGCUGAAACUUUACCUAUUUAUCGAUACAAACCAGCUAGCUUUUUAAUUAUUCUCCAGAACCCAAGGUCAAAGCCCACGUGAACUAAGUUUGUGACAUUUCUCUUCAUAUUUAAACACAUUGGCUGGUUGUUUUUUGUGUGUGUUUAUUUUAGCUACUUCAGUGUUCAGUCAACUACAUGCUGGAGAAUGAAGGAGGUUUGUAGGAUCUGUGCCCGGGAACUGUGUGGUAACCAACGACGAUGGAUCUUUCACACAGCUUCCAGACUAAACCUACAGGUUAUCCUAUCUCACGUACUGGAAAAAGAGGUAUCUCGAGAUGGCAAGGCAGAGUUUGCUUGCAGCAAAUGUGCAUUUAUGUUAGACCGUAUCUACAAAUUUGAUACAGUUAUUGCAAGGAUUGAGGCACUGUCCAUUGAGCGUUUGCAGAAGUUACUCGUAGAGAAAGAUCGUAUCAAGUACUGCAUAGCUAGUCUAUAUCGUAAAAAUAAUGAGGAGCCAAGUACUGACACCAAGGGGGAGGAUGUUGCAGUGGGGAGCUCCAACCUACCUGAUGUUCGGUAUCAUGCACUGCUACAGGAUGACUUUGUAUAUUCUGGAUUUGAAUCAUGGACAGAGCAAGGUGAGGAAGCCAUGGAAACUCACAGUUGCCAGACUUCAGACACCUCAAGCUACAAAUCCCGGAAGUGUCGCAGCUGUUCAGCCUUGCGUGUGACUGAUGCAGAUUAUGAGGCAGUUUGCAGACUACCUCGCAAGUUGGCGAAGACUGUUUCUUCUGAUCAUUCCAUUAAGUGUGGAAGUAGUGUGGUGGGCAGCACAACUGCUGAGGAAGGACUUGCAAUGCCAGUCAUAUGUGAAACGGUGCCUGUUGGGCAGUGUGAGUCUAGGACUUCUGUCUAUGCUGACUCACUGGAUAAAAUAUCUCCAGCCUCUUCUGUUGAAUCACUUGGUCCUACGGUGGAGUCUUGCUCUGGGCAGACCAAUGAAGCAGCACAAGUAGAAAAAUGUGCCAAAGAUGACAGAAGUCCCAAAUCAGACUUUUCAGAUGGUCAAGGAACCCAUCCUUUGUUGUAUAGACAAAAACUAGACUUUGUCCUUGGCUUGGUGAAGAAUGUUGAAUAUAGGCCUGUACCGAUCCCAAAAGGCAGCAAACUGCCAGUUCCAGUCAGGCCUUCUCCAUUGGGCUCUCAAUCAAGUGGUACUUUGGAUGGGACUUCCAGGUCUCAUUUACAGAACAAUGCUUGUGAAAUUGUUAACAAAGGCAUAGAUCCUCUCAGGAUGCACCUUAACUUUGAUGAUGUGGCAGAUCUUGAGGAACUCUUUCAGGACGUCCUUGAUGAAUAUAUUCCAAUUUGCACCCAGAACCUGAUUGAGGAGCAGCAGCAGCAGUUGAACCAGUAUGAGUCAGCAGCCGGACAAUGUGUUGCUGAACUACAGAAAGCCCAGGUCCAAGUACAUGGGUUGCAGGACAGAAUCCAGGAGACUGAGUCUGCCAACAAGAUGCUGCAAGAGAAUCUAAGAGAAAUGGAAAGUGAAUUAAAGGAAAUGCGUUACACACUACAGAAGCAGGAUCGAACCCAGCUGGACCUGAAGGAAGCUUUGAAAAAUAAGGAGAAGGAGGUUGAAGAGCUUUAUUGUGUCAUCGAUGGUCAGAACGAGAAUCAAUCCAAAUUGAGGGAAAUGCUCCACAGAAGUCAGAUUGAAAACCUAAAGCGUUGUGCAUCCUGUCAGAGUACUGAUGGACAGCCAGCACCUCCACAUGCCCAACAAGAAGCUGAGCUACUGGAAUUGCAAAACGCCUCCUUUUCCAAUCAGCUGGAGUUGCAGCAAAAGCAGAGGCUAAUACGGCAGAAGGAAUAUGAGCUCAUUGAAGCCAAGCGGAGGAAAGACUUGCUCGAGAGUGAACUUGAGGAGAUGUACCAGCAAAAGGAAGCUACAGUCACCCACAAUCAAGAGCUGCGCAACACAUUGCAGCAAGUCCGGCAGGAGUUCCUGGAGAAGGAACAGCACUAUCAGGCCCUGGAGAGAGAGUAUCAGCGUGAAGUUCAUGUCCAGGAGGAGAACAUCCAGUGCCUGAAAGAGCGGUUACAAGACAAAGAGCACUUCUUGCAGCAAUAUAUUGAACUGUUUGAAUGUCAGCAAAAUGAAGAACAAAGUGUAGAAGCGAGAGAUGCACUGGUCGAUAAACUGCGAAAGCGUAUCAAGGAGAGAGAUAAAGCUUUGGAGCAUGCCAUUGAUGAGAAGUUCAGUACUUUGGAAAAAAAGGAGAGUGAAAUACAGCAGCUGCACCUGGUUAUACGUGAGAAAGAAAAGGAUCUGGAGAGAUUCCGUUGCAUCUUCUCCAACAAUGAAGAGACUAUUAAUAGUCUAGAGAACCUCAUGAAAGGGAAAGACCUGGAGUUAGAGCAGAUUUCAGUAGCAUACAAGAAUCUCCAGUGGUGGAAGCAGGAGAUGGAGGAGAAGCAUGCUCACUUCCGGAAGGAAAAAGACGCAGUCAACAGUCAGCUGCAGGCAGCACUGCACAACAGCAAUAAGGAGGUUGAGAACCUCACCGUAAUGUUGAUGAACAAGGUUACCGUAGGGUCUGAUAACGUGAUGGAACAGCUGAGGCUGCGGCUCCAGCUGAAGGAGCGAAUGCUGCAGGAGGCGUUAACAGAUAGAAGCACGUUGAUAACUGAUCACGAACAAGAGGUGACAGAGCUGCUACAAACUAUCAGCUCCCGUGAUCAACAGAUGAAGGAUACAACAGAGAAGUUGAUACAUACCUUUGCAGAGAAGAACCAUGAGCUUCGGACAUUGCGCCGCCAGUUAGUGGAGAAGGAUCGAGAAGCAGCAAAUUUCACCAAGCGGAAUGUGUCCUCAUUGGAGAUACCAACAGAAAUAGCCCGCCUCAAAGAACUUCUUCAGGAAAAGGAUCGGAUAAUCCAUGAGCUGGUGCAGGAUAAUCACAGUAAGAAUGAGCUUUCCUCCCAGCCUGACAAAAUGGAAGCUUCUGAGCCCAUUGACACUCAGCCGAAAGCAAAUGGAAGGGAAGCAGUACAGCCAACCUUAGAUGAAGAUGAAGUAAUAGCUGACCCAGAACAAGAAGAUAUUAAGCAGAUUGAGCUGGAUCAGAUAAAGGAGGAACUACAGCUUGCUUUGAGGAAAGAGAAAGAAACUCGGCUUGAGCUGACCAGACUGCAGUCUGUCCUGGCCAACCAGGGAAGAGAGUUCCCAUGUCAGACGGUGAAGAUGGAAGCUCUGUCGAGCAACAUUCCUGUCAACGAGGAGCGCUUUAAGGAUCUGCAAAUGAAGCAGGUACAGCCAUGUGAAUCUCCAGAAAUAGAGAGGCUUACCCAGGAGCUCCUGGUCUUGAGGGAACAAGUGGCAGAAAUGGAGUCAUCUACACAGGCAAACAUAAGAAAGAAACAUCAUCAGCUGAUCUGGGCCCUUGAAGAGCAAGUUCAGGAACAGUUACGAUUGAGUGAAGCUCUUCGAUCUGAACGACAACUCUACAUCAGCCUUGUUAAAUUCCACAAUCAAACUGACAGCUCUGACAGAGAAGAUAUGCUGCAGGCCGAGCUUUUGGCUAUACAGGCACUCCGUGAGCAGCUGGAAGAGACCCUCAAGAGGAGUCAGGAGCAGAUCAGCCGUCUGGAGAGGGAAUCUGAGAUGCCAGCAGAUUCUGGAGAGCAUCAAAGGGAGAAUGCUUCAGAUGAUGGGGGCACUCAAUCUGCAGACAACGCCCAUCAUGAUGUGUUGAAAGAGCAUCUAAUAUUUAUGGAGCAGAAGCACCAGAAAGCUUUAUCUGAUUCUAGGCUCAAAGGAUCUGAUGGAAAAACAGAUAAUAACAAGCAGUCUCACAUUACAUUGGCCAAUGCUGCAGAUAGUUUAGACCAGCUCCUGAAGAUGAAACUCGAAACGCAUGGAUUAUUACAGCAGAAAAAACUGGUUGACGAUGAACUAAAUGAACUGAAGGCACAGAUUGAAGCAUCUGGAUAUAGCUCAGUUCUUGAGAUGAGAAAUGCACUACUUAAUCUGAGUUCAGAGAAUGCCAAGCGGAAAGAAAGUGUGAAAGAGGACCUGUCGCAGCACGUACGUUGGAAGGAAGGAAAGGAGAAUCUUAAUUCGUGGGGCCAGAGUGAGGAGAUCAGAAAAUUAACAGUGAAGCUCCAAAACUCGGAGACCAUCAUCAGCCUUUUGAAAGAACAGCUGGAACUUAACUCUUCCCAGACUGGAGAAGGACGCUUUAAUCCUGAGCUCAUUGUAAACAUGGCCAAAGAAAUUGAGCGAUUGAAAUCAGAGCUUAGUUUAUCCCAGUCGCAACACUCUAGGAUCGGGGCAUGCAUACGUGACAGAGGGGCUGAGCGGGCCAGACCUUACUCAUUGGAUCUUGGAACUCUGUUGUCACAAGGCAACAAUGAAACCCCCAGUGUGAGUGCUGCUGCUCAGCAGGUCAUUUUGCAAGGUCUCAGCCCAUGGCAAAAUGCAAAUUCUAGCUUGGGGCAGCAGUCCAAUCAGCUUCAGUCCGAACUAGCUGAAUACAGACAGCAGAACAAGGAGUUACAGGAGAAACUUGUAGUGACCGAGGCCACGGUCAAGGCCCAGGACAAUCAGUUGCAACAAUACAGAGACUUACUCACUGAAUCAUCAGUGGAACAGGAGAGUAAACAGGUACAAGUGGACUUGCAGGAUCUUGGUUAUGAGACUUGUGGAAGAAGUGAAAAUGAAGCAGAAAGAGAGGAAACUAGUAGCCCAGAAUACAGUGAAGCUGAUUUAUACCUGCACUCAUGCUACAAGGAGAACAUGAUCCAGCAACGUUCUUCCCUGGAGAACCCAGCCCCCUCAACCUCAAACACUGCCUUUUCUCUUCCAUUGUCAAUGAAGUCCUGCCUCAGGAAGGGACUCUCCAUUAAAAAUGCUGGAAAAUUGAGUGACAUUGCCAUGCUACAACAACAUGUCAGUGACCUUAAAGAACAACUGAGCGAAUCCGACAAGAUCAUCCGCAGUCUGCAGUCUCGCAUCCGCUCCUUCUCAACAACCAGUGAUUAUGCCUCCAGCCUAGAACGACCACAUAACAUUGCCCUGGGUGACAUAUUUCAGUCAUUGCAGUUUGAUGAGCUGUACGGUGAUGAUGUCUGGCAGUCUGAUGGAGGUGACCAUUGCCAAGCAACGGUGCAGUCCAAUACUGAGAUUAAGAAACUUAUUCACAGGGUUACCACGUUAGAAUCACAGCUGAAGACUGCCAAAGUGACAGGCUCUUCAUCUAAAGCUGCUUCUUGGUCAGGGAAGUAUGAUUGCUUAAUCCAAGCCCAGGCACGGGAGCUGUCUCACCUCCGUCAAAAAAUGCGUGAAGGCAGGGGCAUAUGCCACAUUCUGAAGCAACAUCUAGGAGAUACCACCAAGUCCUUUGAGGAGUUGCUCAGAUCAAAUGAUAUUGAUUAUUAUAUGGGACAGAGCUUUCGAGAUCAGCUAGCACAGGGGAGCCAAUUGGCAGAGAGGAUCACUCUCAAACUGUCUGGUCGAGACCCUUUUGACAAAGGAGACCCGGAACUGCUUGUUGCCAGACUGAACAAAGAACUUCAACAGAAGAACAAGCUCAUUGAAUCCCUCAGCUGCAAACUACAAAAUCGGGCAGACACGCCGGCCAGCAGCCAUGUUCUUUCAGACUCUGAGCAGUCUGACAGGGCAUCAUUUGUGUCAGAGGAACAGGAUUCUACCAAUGACGACCUGGAAGAUUUUCACUAUGAAGUUGAUUCGAGCAGUGAGUACUCUCGUAAUGACCAGCAGAGCGCAGAGCUUCAAACACGAACGACAGCAGAUCAUCAAAGUCCUUGUGAAAAUCCAUCCCAACAUUCAUCUCUCUCAUCUGCUUCAUCACAUGAAAAUGAGCCAAAAGGCAGUGCCACCAUCACACCCUUACAGCAACCCUGUACGGACACCGUUAAGUCAGAAAAAGGCCUCUAUUGCAGCAGUGUGACACCAAGCACUAAUACCUGUCAGGCUUCAUAUUGUGCUGACUUUCCUUGUCAGUUCAGAAGCUUGCCCUUUGGCCCAGCUUACCCCACAGCCUCAACAUUUUCCCUGGCCGAGGUCCAGCAGGAACUUCAAAUGUUGCAAAGACAGCUGGGAGAAAAUAUGACCUUUUCUGGAACAGGCACUGGUAUGUCUCCACAUUUAGGAAAGGUUGGCUGUGCCUCUCAGUCACAGAGUGCACUUCACCAACAGCUGAGCAAUACCAACAACUUGCAGGAGAUCUUGCGAACUACUAAUAGUUAUUUGGACAAUAGUGCUCUCUGGGAAACAACUCAUCGACCACUGAGAAUUGGUACACUUGGGGAUUUGUCCUCUGGAUCAUCAGGAUACCAAUCAGGCACGAACAUGGCAGGUACAGAGUUGCUGGAAGAACAUCUUAGGGAGAUUCGUACCAUGCGACAGCGCCUAGAGGAGUCUAUCCAAACGAACAACCGACUUAGGGAGCAACUCGAAAUGCGUCUGGCUGCUGCAGCCAUGGAAAAUGCUGGUGCUCCAACCAACAUCUACAUCCAGGGACUGGAAAAAAUGACUCAGCUGUCAGAGGAGAACAGAAAAAUGAGAGAAGAGAUCUUGACUCUGCAGAGCCGGCUCUCUCAAGUGCCCAUGGAACAGGCCAAAGAAAUGGAGCAACUGAAGGAGAGUCUGUUAGCAACGCGAACUAGAUAUAAGCUCUUGGAGACAGAGCUGGAUCGGUGGAGAGAAGAGAAAAACAGAUUGCAGACUGAAGUCAGGGACAGACAGGAGGAAGCACUGCAGCUCAGAGAGGAACAGCAAUGCAGCCAAAACAAAAACAAAAGGCUUUUGCAGGAGAUCACCAUGCUACAACAGCAAUUAAAUGAAAGUCAUCAGCUACUUCAUUCUCUCCAGUCUGAGAUUCAAGUGUAUGAGAGGCUGUACAGCAAGAAGAAACCUUUCCAAGUUUACUCUGGAAGUGUUCAGAACCAUGGUGACAUCCGUGACUUCCUGACCCAAAUCAGAGGCCUUCGGAUUCAGCUGGAGCACAGUAUCCAAACUAAUGGCUGCUUACGGAAACAGCUGAAAGAACAGAUGGAUGAACAUCGACCAGCCAGUCUUAACAUAAAACAUGCAUCAUCGAGUGAACAUGGCAACAGUAAACAGAUGUUCCAGGAUUGUGUGCCAUCACCACCUGUUCGAGACACUGGCUUGUUCUCGCCAUUCCAGUUGCACUCAAAGGCAACUUCAUCAAUGGAGGAUUUUAAUAUGGAAGACACAUCACACCAACAUGAUGGUUAUUUCAGUGAUUCCAUGAGCCAGGCCUCAUGUUCUGGAAUAGAUGAUGAGUUUGCCAAGAAGAAUGGCCAUCAUGUGAUUGGUCACAUUGAUGACUACAAUGCAGUUCAACAGCAGAUCUUGGAGGGCAGAAUAUUGGUUCAGAGAAUGGAGUCUAUUGUCCAAUCCUGUGUUAAUGCUGCUUUUCUGGAAAUCAGUGGAUCCAAGCAUUUGGAUCAUCAGACUGUAAAGCAGCUGUUCUCCAACACUAACACUUUGCGUCAGAUCCUGGAUGAAACUUGUUCCUUACUGAAGAUGUUCUGGAGAGCUGCUUUACCAAAUCCAGACGGUGCUAUGCAGAACAACCAAAAGGAGCUGUCAAUGAAAGAAGAGAUUUACAGGCUGAGAAAUAAGAUAACAGAACAGGAAAGCCUGCUACAGAAUGCGAUCAGUCGGCUGAAAGCCACAAAUCAAGUGAAGGAAGGAAUGGAACAGUUUAUUGUCAACCAGCUAACAAGAACACAUGAUGUUUUGAAGAAGGCAAGGAGUAAUUUGGAGUUUCAAUCUUGUCCAAGAGGCCUCAUAGAAAAGAAAGGGAAAAGGGAAUUAAUUAAGGUGAAUGAUUGCACAAUUGCUGGUGUAAAACCCUCCCUGAACAACAACAAAGCAGAAAUCUCAAAACUUGGUUACAGCUGUUCCAGAAGCUGGAACUUCAUGAAUUCCAUUUAUCCAGAAACUGAAGCAAGAAGUCUGGGUCAAAGUUCACUGUCUGGAAAGGAUGGAAGAUAUGGCCCCAAACUGGUUUGAGAAGAAAACCUAAGCAACUAUCAUUUUAGCGGUUUGCUUUCCCUUUCAAAAGAUAACACAAUAUUGGAAUCUUAUCCUACAAAAGUAAUUUAGUACAAUGACAUUUGAAAACAGAAGUAAAUUGCAUCCUGUGUUUCCAGAAAGAACUGUCUACAUGGUCUAAACGUAAUAGUGACUUCCUUUUGAUCCUAUAUAAAACAACAAAUGCUUGAUAAACUUUGUUUAGGUAAAAAUUUGAAAUCGGAAGUCUUUUAUACUUUCUGUGAGGAGAAAGUUAUUGAUCAAAGGUUCAGGCAUCUUAUCAGCCUUAUGCCAAAUUUAAAAUGCAGUCUUAAAGAUAUUGAGAAAUUUAAAAGUUGUGAUUUGGCAGUCUCAAAUUACAUUGUUAAUAUAUAUUACUGCAAAUGUGGGUACAAGAAUGCCGAUCAAGAAACAUUGAGCCUAAUUAUAGUUUUGGUAAAUAUUGUCCUGAUUUGAGUUUGUGCAAUUUAAAGCAGAAAAACUGAAAAUAUACAUCCUAACAUUUGCUACUGAGUGAAAUGCUCACUGAACAGUAAUGAAACAAAAGGUAUGUGCAAUAAGUUUGCCCUUGAGGCCAACUGCUGCAAUGUGAUCUUUAUCAAGCACUGGAAUAAGACAAAAUAAUAUUUAAUAACCUUUAACAGCAUCUUGCAUUGUAAAUGUUAUUUUACAGUUUUGACUUAACAAUGUAGUAUGGUGGUUGAGAGUACGGUACAAAGUUAAGACAGGGCUGGAUGACUUUGUAUUUACUGGUGUAGACUAUUAGACAGAGAAUUUAGCACCAGUAUUGCUUUUGCCUGCACUGUAUAUACAGCAUGGUGCAAAUGUGUGUUCUAAAUGUAUCUUGCACACAAACAAAAGAAUGGGCUUGUAAGAAUUAAGGCAAUUCAUUUUAUUAUAGAAAAUAGAUGCGUGCGAAAGGUCAUUGUAUAAUAUACACACAAAAGGUUGUUUGCAUUGGUUACCCUUGUAUGUUUAAUUCAAGGCCCAGUUCUCCGGAUAGUGGGGGACCAGACAAUAAGUGAUAUUAUCACUUAUAAAUGGCACCUUCAGUGUUUGGAGCCCAAUGAGAGAGUUCUCAAUUCUGAGCCGUGUUCAGGAUUUUCUGCAGUGAAAGACUGAGCUAAACCCAAAAUCUCUGGGAUGGUAACCAGGUAAUAUUUGUCUAAUCUGGGUCAGGAAAUAGGGAUUUUGGUCCAGAUUGGAAGAAAUGGGUCAUUAUGUAAUAAGGUGCCAUUUUUCUAAUUACUGAAAUAGUUUUCCAGCUUACGUCGUGAGAAUUAUCCCCAUGUAGCUGUAUAAUUGAAAAUUACAGUUUACUGAAUCAUAAUUAUUGUAACUGUUAAUCUAGUUUCAUGGAGAAAAGACAACUUUUCAGUAUUCAGAAUUUGUAUGGGGUGCCAAAGCAUGUGUUUUGAUGCAUUUUGCAUGGUCAUUGUUUAAUGUCCCUAAAUACACAAAGCCAGGGAUCAAGUAGGACUGGGAUUGGUUGUCAGGAAACGCAAGAAAAACAUAAUUUUUCGUGAUCGAAACAAAUGAUGAUUGAUGGUAAUGUUUGGUAAUAGGGUUCCUGUACACAGUCUAUUUUGCAAUAGAUGUCCCCUAUGGCACAACUGUAUACUGUAUAAAGCGUAUAUACUGAUCAUUGUAGAGUGUGUCUUUCAAGUUGUAUAUAUUUUCCCAGUGUAUAUACAUUCAUUUGUAUAAUGGAUUGUAGCAGUGUGUGUAUGUCACAGUUCUGGGAAAUAAAGUUGUGUGUUUCCUGGAUUGUUUUUGGAAAGCUAUUCUGAAAACCUAAAGAGGUGCAUUUAAUUAAUAAACAAGUCUGUUUUCUUUUCAUGGUCCAAAUAAUGACAUUAAAUGUUCAGUAUCUGUUGA